UUUUGUUAUCAGGUUGACCGUGGGUCAAUUUAUUAUAAACUUCAAUUAUUUAUAAAUUGAUUUGACCAAUAUUAUUUGUGUUAUGUUGCUACUUUACAUCAUUACAGGAAAAUGUAUCAAUAUGAAUGAUCACAAACCACAAAACGGCAGAAUUGACAACCAAAGUUCACUGUUACGACGUUAGUAUAACAGAAUCCUUUAUUGCGAUCACAUUCCUGCUGGAAUUUUCAACGCAUACGUUUGAAUCAACUCACGAGGAUGGCUACCAACCGCCUAAAACUUCUUAGUAUUAGUGAAUAUAUAGAACGAGCGAAAAAUCCGAAAUCUUUGGAUAUUAUUUUUCAAGAAUACAUGAACAUCAUGAAUACAGUUAUCCAAGGUACCUGUGAUAAUUUUAACUUACCGAAAAACAAAAGGAAAAACCGAAGUCCGGACUAUCCAUGUUGGGACAUUUCUCGGGUGGUGCUUAAAUCCAACAACGGCUCGGACUACAUCAAUGCCAAUUAUAUGUCUGGAUUUGACGGAGGACGUAAAUUUAUAGUGACGCAAGAACCAAUACCAACAACUUUCGAUGAUUUUUGGAGCAUGGUCUGGCAGGAAAACUCUCGGAUCAUCGUGAUGCUGAAUGGUACCAAGCAAGAAUCACAACCUACAAGCCUCCGGUAUUUCUGCGUGACCCAAGAUCAUACGACAGUGAAACAGUUUAUCAUCAAACAACAAAGCACUAGGAGGAAAUCCCAUUACAUGCACACAGCGUUGAGCAUUGUUCAUAGAUCGAGUGGAGAAUCAAGAGUGAUUCAUCAUUUCAAAUACUUUGAUUGGACAGAAACUGAUGCUCCUGAUGUAGGAUUGAUUCUUGACUUUCUGCGAAAAGUCCACAACCAAGACCAGUAUUAUUUCAAGCAAGCGUUGCUGCCGAACCAAUUUCCACCAGGUCCAAUUGUCGUCCAUGGUAAUGUGGGUAUCGGAAGAGCGGCAGCAUUUUGCGUCGCAGAUAUAUGCCUGUACCAAAUAAUACAUACAUUAAAGGUGUCAGUGCCGUUAAUGGUACUGAAAGCCAGGCGUCAACGGCGAUUCAGCAUUCCGACUUUUAACCAAUAUAUUUUUAUACAUAAUUUCAUCCUUAAUUUUCUGGCUACCAUUAGAGUUAAUCCUGAAAUAUACUCUGAUUUCCGCUUUCAAUUGACUUAUAAAGACAUACAGUUAUUUUUGUUAUAG